AUGAACGACCACAGAGUAACCUAUGCAGAGGUGAAGCUGGCGAAGGGCUCGAAGAGACCCCCAGUGAAACCUCAAGACAGGAAAAGCUGCACCACAGGGAUCGAGCAGGGAAUAACCUACGCAGAAUUAAAUCUCCACAAAUCCCGGGGUCCUCAGGAGAAUGGCAAGUCCCUUCAAUGCAAAGAAUACAGUUGCGGCCCUUGCCCACAGGGGUGGCUCACGUACUCCAACAGCUGCUAUUACUUCAGUCCUGAACCAAAAACCUGGAACGAGAGCGUGUCCGACUGUCAGAGAAACAACUCUCAGCUGCUCCUCAUAGACAAUGACGAAGAAAUGAGAUUUUUCACAAGCAUAAAAAGAUUGUCAUGGGUUGGAGUCUACCGUAAUGGCCCCGGUCAGCCAUGGACGCUGGAAAACGGGGCAGUUUCACAAUUACAUUACUAUAAAGUUGGUGCAGAAAUAUUUGUCAACAUUAAGAAUGAUCAAAGGGGCGUGAGCUCUUGGGACAUCAGUCCUGAGCCCCACAGCCAACCCCGCAGCAUGACCAAAGCAGGCACAGUCCAUAGUCUCAGGCAUAGAAAGAUGGUGUUUCCCCAGGGGGCCUUCAGACUGGACAUUGAGCUCACAUUUGUGUUGCAUCUUGAUAUUGCCAAGACUGCACCUCCCGAUACCUCCACUGUGCCAACUGUUAACGAAGGCAUCAAAGUGCCGGAGAUUGUGGAAAGGGCUGAGGUGUGGGGUGUGAGUGUCAUCUUCUCAGAGAUGAGCUUCCUGGUUCAUAAUUUCCAGUCUAAGGUCCACUUAGUUGUCCCCUGUCCACCUUCCUCCCAGGCCCUGUGUCUGUCAGUGGUGGGGGUGAAUCGUGUUCCCACCGCUGACUGUCACUGUCCUGAGUCCCCGCCCCUGCUGGCUGCCCUGCUGCUGCUGGACAUGACCUUCCCUGGGGGUGAUGGCUGCCAGCUUCCCCUUGUUGUGUAUGGUGCUGACCAAACACAGGCCGAAAGAUUUUUCACAAGCAUAAAAAGAUUGUCAUGGGUUGGAGUCUACCGUAAUGGCCCCGGUCAGCCAUGGACGCUGGAAAACGGGGCAGUUUCACAAUUACAUAUGAGGUUAUCGCUUUCCAGGCUCUGCCCAUACGACAGCAGCCGGGCCGUGGCCAUUCUGUGGGCAGUUAGUAAGGACUCACGUGCAGCUGUCAGAGCACCGUCCCUGAGACGACUCAGCUGCAAGAGUGAACUAACGCACGGAGAACUCCCCGGCACGGAAUCUGGACCCAAGGGUGCUGCAAAUGAAGGGGCAGUUCUAGAGAUCACAGACAUUGUUUUUGAUCACAGAUCAGAAACAACAAGUGCUGGUGAGGAUGUGGAGAAAGGGGACCCUCCUACACUGUGGCUAGGAAGCUCUGGGGGACCAGUCCUCAAGAAGACCAGUGUGGUGGUUUUUUCUCAGUCAAGGAUGCCAGCUCCUAGCAGCAGAAGAGCAGCAGAGAUGAACGACCACAGAGUAACCUAUGCAGAGGUGAAGCUGGCGAAGGGCUCGAAGAGACCCCAAGUGAAACCUAAAGAGAGGAAAAGCUGCACCACAGUGACCGAGCAGGGAAUAACCUACGCAGAAUUAAAUCUCCACAAAUCCCGGGGUCCUCAGGAGAAUGGCAAGUCCCGUCAGUGCAAAGGUACAACAUUCAUUUAUACAAGCGUAUUCUCGGGUGUGCAGAGGGGUCGAGGGGAGGAAGAAUGGGGAUAA